UGGGGCUCAGUGGGUGUGGCCACCACUCCUGUGACUGUGGUGAUGUAGAUACUUGGAGAAGUACCCAGUUCAACCGGAGAGUUAAAACUGCUUGUGCAGUCAUCCUUUGAGCUUCCAUCUGAAGAACCCAUGUUUUCACAUCUUUCUUUGGAGUGUGUCUUGUUGCUGUUGCUACUACUGCUGACAAGGUCUUUGGAAGUGGCGUACACAGUGGAGUUGGGCCAGAAUGCCCAGCUGCCCUGCACCUACCAGCCUGACUCCUCAGGGGCUCUUGUGCCUGUGUGCUGGGGCAAGGGUGCCUGUCCCAUGUUUAACUGUCCCAAUGUGCUGCUCAGAACUGAUGAAAGGGAUGUGACAUAUACGACAUCUGGAAGAUACCAGCUACAGAGAGAUUUCCACAAAGGAGAUGUGUCCCUGACCAUAACGCAUGUGACUCUAGGUGACAGCGGAACCUACUGCUGCCGGGUCCAAUUCCCUGGCCUGAUGAAUGACGGCAAAUUCAACGUCGAGCUGGUUAUCACACCAUCCAAGGUCACUCCUGCUCCGACGGCACAGAGAGAGGGGACUGCAGCCCUUCCAAGGAUGCUCACCACCAGAGGACGUGGCUCAGAAUCCUAGCAUCUCUCUGAAAUUCUAUAGAGCUCUUCUUUCUCUGAAAUGAAAUAAAAACAGGUAAGUCCCACCACACAAUGUUAUCAAUCUCAUAAUCAAACCUUAUCAAAUUUAAAUAAGAAAGUAUACCCAAAUGCGUAGCUCAGGGUCUGAUCAUAGUAUGUACUUACUGUAGGUUAGCUAUUGUCAUUAAUUUUGUCAGUAAGAUCAGAAGGCAGAAUCAGAUUAUGGUCAAGUACUUCAGUGACAGGUAGAAUAGGUUUGGAAAUCAGUUCUUUCUAGCUUCGAGAACUCAGUAAAGUUGUUCCAGCUUUCUGAAUCUCAGAUUUUUCAUCUGUAGGAUGAGAGCAAUUCCAGUGCCUGUUUCAUAAGUUGUAAAAAUUAAACAUAAUGAUGUAUAGAAAGUGAUCAGCAUGGCACUUUGUCCAAUAGGUCACUCACAUAUUAGUUGCUAACACUACAGUUAUUAGCUUCAGCUCUCUAAGGUUUCGGUCCUCUAGCAAUUGGUAGCUAACAUUUCUCAUGUGAGUGGUGAGGAAAUUCAAUGUGGUGGGAACAGAUGAUUGCCCCCAUGUAGGUUAAUCAAGUCAUACCAGACGCUAUAGUGUGCCAUUGCGUCAUGUUACAGAACUCAUCAGCACAGACAUAGAUGGGACUUGGGGGCACACUUCAUCCCACUCCUGCAUCCUGUGCUUCAGUGCCCUUCACAGCAGCACCGCUGAGUUGGCAUUUACCGAACGCCACACAUGCGGGCAGACAGUGGAUGGGAGUUCACUUCCCCACAAGACCUUUGCUCAAGACUUUCAUUCCUUUGUUCUUGCCUGUGCCAUGAACAGAAGUCUCCUUCCAUUUAGUGUUUGAUUAUUGCUUAGUUCUUCCUAGAGCAGGAAAAAUGGGGCCAUUUCUUACAUCAGAGAAUAUUGGUAUACCUCUGAGCAUUUUAAGAGCCUGUCUGAGAAAAUACUUAAACAAACAAAUAAGAUAAGGGCUUCAAGUAGUACAGUAAAUUAAAAAGUGAAACUGUGUCAAGGAUUUAGCUCAGUGGUUCUGGCGCCUGCCUUGCAAGCGCAAGGACCCGAGUUCGAUCCCCAGUACCAAAAAUAAAAUAAUUUUUUUUUAAAAAAGUGAAAUUAAUGUAUAAUAGAUGGCUUGUCUAUAAUAUAUAUGCCAAUCAUUGUUGAGUUAACUCUUAUGCAGUUAUACAUACCUUCUGUUUAAUGUGAAUGCAGUUGCAUUUAAUACAUUUGAUGUAAAAUGGAGUAGAGCUUUAAAUAAUGAGUUCCAAGAGCUGCGGAACUUCCUUAACCCACAGUGAAUAUAGAACAAAUGCAAUAUCUCUCCUUCCUUAAGGAGGUGGGACCUAGUUUGAAUCCACCUUUCUCAAUUAGUUGCUUUGUGAUCAUGUUUAAAGUACCUCUCUAAGACUUAAUUUCUUCAUCUGAAGAAUGGGAGAAAUAAUGGUACCUAUCUAUUGUCAUCAGCAUUAAAUUGUGUGUAAUAGCACUAACCAUGAUGUCUUCUGGAUCAUGUGCAUAUAUACAUGCACUUAUAUACUUUUAAGACUAUCUCACUCCACCCCACUGCUACCUCCACCCCAGCCACAUUGUGUUUUCCAGGAAUAAGACUGCAACUUCAUCUAGCUGUUCUACCCAUGUUGGCCGAUGGCAAAAUCUUUGUGAGGAAAGCUAUGAUAAUGCAGCAGUGUUCAUUUUACUGAUCAUUUUCAUAGCAAAAUAAAGUUAAAGAGGAGCUGGGGAUUUAGUUCAGUGGUGCUGCUGCCU